AUGGCGGGGUGUGUGGCCGCCCUGCCUGGCCUUCGUCGUCGCCGAGACUCAACAUCUUUGUUCUACGAGCUGCCGUCCAACGCCUCCCUCAUCCUGGGUGACAUCCUGGCGGGUUUCGACUGUAGUGAUCUGGCCUACGGCUAUUACGCCGACGAGGCCAACAACUGCGCCAUCUUCCACGUGUCUCUCCCCUACAUCGACUUCGGCCAGAUCAUCACCAGGCACUUCUCCUUCAUGUGUGGGGAGGGCACCGUCUUCGAUCAGGAGCGUUUCGUUUGCGACUUCCAUCAAAGCGCUUUAGCUUGCUCUCAGUCUGCCUCCUUCAGGAAAUCCAACGUUUAUUUUGGCCGCGUGAAUGCUAAUUUUCUUGAGGAGGAGUAA